ACAUAACGCUGCGACAUACUCUUGCUACGUAGGUACCAGCAAGUACCAGGUAAGCACAAGCCCUACCCGUAAAUAGCUAGUCCGCUCGCAGGACCCAGUUGACAUGACAUGGGUGUCACGGUCUCUUCGCCGACUUCUUAUAUCUUCCUCUGUGUACCGUGCGAGCACGUCUUGUCCGAACCAGUGUAGCGGCCACGGCGAAUGCACAGCCGAGAACGUGUGUUUGUGCGAUACUGGUUGGGCAUACUAUGCUGACUGUUCUGGUCGUGCGGCGACGGCGCCCUUAUGGGGUACACUUAUUAUUUAGUGAAGAGUACUCACAGGUCUUUGUCCAAUUGCUACUGCGUGGGUCGACAAGGCUAGCGCUCCCGGCAGGGCGCAUGGUGACAUGGAAUGUGGAAACAUAGGCGUAUGUAAUCGGAACGACGCAUUUACCUGCGCACAGAUUAGUUAUGUUGAUUGCUUGCGUGAUUUUGGUUUUUAGGGGAGUUGCUCAUGCCCACCUGGUUUUACGGGUGAAGCUUGCCAGCGCUGUCCAUCCCCAGUGUUACUAAUUUAUCUAGAUGUUAGAUGCCAAUACCGUAGUUGAAUGUCCUCAAGAGUGCAGCAACUAUGGCAACUGCAUCACUAUGCACCAUGCUGCACUAGACUACGGCCCUGGGCAGGGCAUGACCCAGCUUGAUGAUGUGAAUGACAUAAAGGGCCCUUUAUACACCAAUUGGGAAGCAGAAUCUCUUAUGAUGUGCGCUUGCGAUUGGGGGGUAUUUGGGCCUGAGUGUGAGGCACGCAUGUGCCCCAAAGGUUUCGAUCCUCUUCUGAGAAGUACUACGACUUACUAUCGCGAGAUUAACGUGACAACAAAUUCAACAGCAGUAGGAUCAAGCAUCAAUGGAACGUUCGUGAUGAGUUUCAAUGGGUUUGACUUUGAGUUCAACGCCAAUGCAACACUCUUUGGCGAGGCAGAAUGUGAAGCAGCCUGGGAAUCGCUAGACAAUGUUGAGCAAGUAGUUUGCUUUCGUGGUGCCAUAAAUCAAGCAGGGGGUGCUACUUACAACAUUAAAUUUCUAGCUUGGCCUGCAGUCCCAAUGCAGAACAAUAUCUUUAGCCACGAGGGCAAUCCACCGCUCACAGCUUUUACGUGUGACGCAUCUGAUGCCAGAGUCUGGCCACGUGGCGGCGGCAACGUCGCUGCAUGUCAUGUUGAGGAUGUUGCGAAUACUGAUAUUCGCGAGUACAAGUUCUGCAGCGGCCGCGGUACCUGCGACUUUUCUACUGGAUCAUGUAGCUGCUAUGCUAAUUUUGAGGGUGUUGCUUGCGGCAGCAGUAUUGCCACUAUUUCAGAGGAGGGCGUUGAUGUGUUGCUACUGUAUGCAACUGAGAAUUCAUUUCAAAAUACUCUGCUGAAGUUAGACGCUACUGCUAAUCCCUCAGACUCGUUUAAUUUUCUUGAGAUUGUUUCUGGUAGUAGUGAGGUGACCAUGUUUACAAUCGAAGGGGACGGGGAUAUCACGGUUGCUAAGGGCGAUGUGAAGAUUCUCACGGGCGAACUAUCGUUAUACUCCGGUCUUCGGAUCAUUGAUGGAGGCGCAAGUAUCACAACAGGGGGUCUUCGCGUCCUCUCCGGAGGUACUACGAUCAAUGAAGGUGGCCUAAAAGUUAUUGGCAAUACGCUUUUGUGGGGCAAUGUUUUAGCUCACAACGGAUCAUACAUUUUCUCCUCGAAUGCAAGCGGACACAACGAUGGAAGUAUUAUGGAGGUUCGUGCAACACAGGACGCAUUUGCUGGUGCUGUUCUUGAAAUUGGCGCAGACCGCAAUAGGUCAGACUCUUUCGACUUAUUUCGCGUAACAGUAGACAACGGACCAUCUUCUCGUGAAGUUUUUGCUAUCACAGGUCAGGGUCGCACCACAAUCAAGCAUGGCGGUCUCACCGUGACGGGAGCUGCUGUUGUCAAGUCUGGCGGUCUACUAAUUGAAGCCGGUGGCAUAACUAUCACAUCUGGUGGUCUGACUAUCUCCAGUGUUGGUAUUACAUCUGCCGGCUCCAUCACUGUGACCACUGGGUCCAUCACGGCUCCAUCGAUAAUCAGUACCGGCGGAGUAUCUGCUAGCAGUUACACAACCACUUCAGACGGACGUUACAAGACAAAUGUCACUUCCCUGCGGAAUCGUGCUGCUCGCUUGCUGGAAUUAAAUGGCGUGAGCUUCCAAUGGCGAGGCGAUUCUGGGUUCGACAAAGAGACUCAUUUUGGAUUCAUUGCCCAGGAGGUGGAGCUUGUUUUCCCAGAAAUUGUCAGAGAAAGCAGUUUUGGCAUCCGUUCUUUGCAGCUCGAAGCGAUUGCGCCCCUUCUCGUUGAAGCCUUUCGCGCCUUGCACCGCCGCUUGACCAUUCUUGAACGUAGACUUCGUUGAUCUGAGCACGCUUUUGGACGUCUUUCAGAAGGGGAAAGUAGGCGCGGGGAUGUGGUGCUCUGAGUCAGGGCCGGCGGCUGUGGGGAUCCGGAGGGUCAUGUGAUGAGCCCCCUACAGUAAAUUCAGUGCCAGAAUCUCCAGCAGGUAAAUUUUCCAAGUGGGUCCGCGCAAACCCGGGAUUAGGGGAGCCUGUGAUGCAUAGGGAAAUAGAGACGGGGGCGGACCCCAAAUUUGAGAUUCGAGUUCCCAGCCACUUGUCCAAGCGCGAUUUUGGCUAAGGGGUCCCAAAGGGUCCCUUUGUACGCCCCGAGACCGGACUGGGGGGGAGGGGUCACUUUCGAGGCGAGACGCGGUCGCGAAGUUGCCCAUCUGGG